AGACUUCUGGGAAGGAGCCCACAUGGAACUUCUGGAAGUACCUAGUGGCCCCAGAUGGAAAGGUGGUGGGAGCUUGGGACCCAACUGUGUCAGUGGAGGAGAUCAAACCCCAUAUCACAACCCUGGUGGCAAAGCUCAUUCUGAAAAAGCAUGAAGACUUGUGACCACGUUUCCUCUUCGCCUCCACCCCCAUCCCACCCACCUAUUUACAGUGACCAAAGCAAACUCAAGUGGUGCUUUAUAGGAAGAGUCUACUAUUCUCUUUCCUUCACUCUUAUCCGUAUCUAUCAUUCUUAUGGGGGAAAUUUUCUAGUAUUUUGAUUAUUUGAAUCAUAGAGCAACCAACAGGAACUCCUGGCCGCUGAGAGCUCUGCACAGUGAAUCACCAGCUAACAGAAUCUAUAAAUGGUGGAAAAAUGUGCCAAGUAGAAGGAUAUCAAGCAAUAAUCUCCUACCCAGCCAGGCCUCUGUAAAAUGGGGUCUGUUCCUACCUCACAGGGCUGUUGUGAGGGUUAGGAUGAAACACAUGUGAAAGUGCCUAGGGCAGUACUAGCCAAACAGGAAGUGUUCAAUAAAAUAAAAUAAAUGUUUUUUGCAUAUAAACCAAAAACUGACUUCUGAUCAAUAAUACUUGUACCCAACAUGAAUGUCCACCCAAUGGAAAUCUAGGCCAAAUGUGUAAUUGCUGUUGUUGGCCUCUGUGUAUUAUUUUCUAAUUACAAAAGAUGCAAGUUCCUGGGCUGGAGAUAAAGCUCAGUAGUAGAGUGCUCACCUACAAUAUUCAAGGCCCUGGGUUCGAUCCCCAGAACUGGGUGGUGGUGGGGGAACCAAAUGUGUAAAACCCAAAUAAUGCAGACUGGUAUAAAAAUGAAAAUCUCCCCCUCAUUUUCUGCACUCACUCCAUAGAAGUAAAUACUGUCAGCAAUUUGAUACAAAGACUUCCAGUCCUUUUUUGUUGUUGUUGUUUUUGUGGUAAUGGAGUUUAAACUCAGGGCCUCACAACA